AACAACAACAAAUAUUUUUCGUCAAAUUAUUUAUUUGGUGCAUUAGUUUUAUUGACUGGAUACUUAAUUUAAUUGUAAAAAAUAGCAUGGGUGUAUAUUUUAAAAUACAAUUUAGGAUAAAUAACAAUUUUGUUAGAACCUAAGAACAACCAUAUUGCAUCUUAAUAAUAAUGGAUUUUAUUUACGGAAAACAAGCAUCAAAAGAUGUUUUUCAAGAAACGCAAAAAAAUUUGAAAUCAACGUUCACGGAUGGACCAUCGAAAAUUUUAGGAUCUGUCAAAAAAGGUUUUAUGGAAGGGUUAUCAUCAACUAUAGACCAGGUUGUCAACAUUGUAGGUAGCAACGAUGAAAAUGUUGAAAACAGUGAAAAACAAACGCCAAAAAGUGAACAAGCUUCUAAUGUUCCAGACACCUCAAAAAAGCCACGUCCGCCAAAACCACCGGCGCCGAUGGGGAGACAAAUGUCCGAUAAUGGUUCUAAAAAUCUGUCUAAAACUAUGUCGGAAGUUGAUGAACCAAGCCAGCCUACAGCCAGACCAGUUUUGAAAAGACGAAACACAAACCCAUUCAUGGAGGGCUACGAACCCGCACCAACGGAAGCAGACCUACCCAGUACAGUUGUUGCAGAAGUUUAUCAAAUGGUUUCAGCUUUGUACGACAAAAAUGACGAAAGUAUUCCAGAUAAAACAACAGUAAAAGAACGAACCGAAGCUCACGAUGAUGGUGACUCUGAAGGAACUGAAGGUUGCGAUGAAAUUGAAAAAAAUCCCGACGAUGAAAUAACUCAAAAUGCUACGGAAAUACAAAACUGGAAUGACGACCAGGAUUUUAAUGAUCCGAUUUCCAAAGAAUGUUCUGAUUUCAUGAAAUCAUUCAUUUCAAAAAUUUUUGAAACUAAUGUUGAAAUCAACCCGAAAAGCAAAUCUAAAUUUUGCGAAAUGAGUCAGACAGGAUUUGGACGAUUGUGGUUUGCCGAAUACAUUUUAAAAAAGCAAGACGGAACAGUCACAAAAAUAGCUGAUGAAACAUUCUACGCCCUGAUACAAUUUUUUACGAUUGUACUUUUUGAAUGCAAUGAAUCUGAGGACUACGGACCAGCGAAAACCCUCAUGGAACUAUCAUUUGUUUUAUAUCGGGAAAGUGACCUGCUGGGCAUUUUGAAUAAUAAUAAUGUUGAGGUGACCAGCUGGGCUUUUUGCCGAGAUUUCGGCUUAUCCGACCUGGUGCUGCUGAGAUCUCAUCAGUCUAUUGAGCACACGCUUUUUCAAUAUGUCACAAAAGGAGAAAUUGAAAAGCAGUUUUUGUACAGUUUCCUCAAAGAUCUUUCCAUUUGGCAUUCUCCGAAGUUUUGGAACGCUGUUUCAUUUUUCACUGUACAACAACAGCGUGCUGCUCAGACCGGAAAUACAGAAUCCGCGAACAGCGAACAUGAUGUGAGAUGCAAGCAAUUGAGAUUGAUAACGCACUACAUGAGAUCUCUGGGAGUGAACAAAGAGCAAUGCAUUGAAUACAUCAAGAGGCAAGAAACAACAUACAACUUAAGUAAAGAUCAUGUAAAACAGUUGACAACAAAGAUGGAAAAGUGGAUUGAUGGCUGUGACCCGAACGAAGACGAAUCGAACGGUGCUAUGUGGUUCAUCUCGCAGAAGGCCAAAGCUGUCAACGCGGCUGCUCGAUUGCUCAAGGAUGGUUUCAACUUUCGAGGAACAUUCAAAAAUAAUUGAUGCUCCAGUGAUGUGAAGUCAUUUAAUGUUCACCGUCUCGUUGAACUUGCGAAUGAAUGAUCGUGUUCACUUUAAGUUUCCAAUUAUUAGAUUUGUUCAUGUGUUUCAAUGUUGUUUAAAAGUAAAUCAAACUUUAGAGUUUAGUGUUUAGAUGAAUUUUAUCAUUAAAGAUGUAUUUAUUUCAGAAAUGUUCAUUGAACUAUAACGUUAAUUUGCAUAAUAAAUAUGUAAAUUUUAACGCUGCUAAAUGAUUUUUGCAAUUAUUAAUAUUAAAAAUAUCUUGGAUAAAUUUUAGUAUGAAAUAAAAAUUAUCGAAUUAGAAAAAUUAUUUAAAAAAUUGCUCCAUUUAUAAAAAAUAUUGAAUAACGUUUACGAUAUUUUAAAACAUUUGCAAUCAAACUCUGUUCAGCCUGCAAACGCCAGGGCAGAUCAUUUGUUUAUUUUUAUUUUUUUUUAUAGGGACUAAUAUUAAUUAAGGUUUUAAUUAUUGUACCAUUGCUUUUACGUUAAUAAAUUGAUUAUAUUCAGAUAAUAUAAUGGUUAGUAAUUCAACCGAGUUUAAUUUAUUAAAUUAUUUUAAUUAUUAUAAACACAUUUAUAAAGAUUAUUUCUCAUGUAGUGUUA